CCGUAUUGGCUGGUUGGCGUGUACGUCACUGGGAGGCGGGGCUCCUAUCAGCUGUUUGGGGGAUGCCAGGAAGCAAGUGUAUUUUGGAAACAAUGCGGCGCGGCGGCGCCUGAGGCUGCAGCUUGGGAGCUCCUCGCUCUGCCCGGGCUCGGCGCCCGCGCCCCUCCGCCCGUUCGGCGGCGCCCUGCCCUGCCCUGCCUCCCCUGCCACAGGAGCAAUGGAUCCCCCCAGCUACCUAGAAGAGGACUAUUCCAGCUUGGACGGGCUGGAUGAUGACGUGUUUCACUCUGACUUUGGACUCACAGGUCAGCCUGGUGAGAUGACCCCUCCUGGCAUUUUCACACAGAACCAAUCCUACAGCUGCCUGCUGGGGAGGUUUCAACUGUUCCCACUCACACACUGCUGUGGUCCAGGUAUCAGGCAUGCUGAGCAGCAGGACAAGGCAACCCAAACACUCAGUCCAUCCUCUUCCACUCAGGAUGUCAUGUUGCCAUGUGGAGUCACUGAAGAGCCCCAGAGACUCUUCUAUGGGAAUGCUGGGUACCGUUUACAUGUCCCCCCAGUUGGCUUUGCAUUGAAUCCACACCUGCAAGAGGAGCCUCGGGAAGGUCAACGGGAAGCACGUGCUGAGGUUCAGAUUGCAAGGAAGUUACAAUGCAUUGCAGACCAGUUCCACAGGCUCCACAUACAGAGGCAUCAGCAGAACAGAAAUCAAGUGUGGUGGCAGAUCCUUCUCUUCCUACAUAACUUGGCCUUAAAUGUGGAGGCGAACAGGAACCACGUAGGUCAGAGGAACUCUUCUUUACUGCUUCGUGCCUGAUGAGGCUGGGAGCUCUUGUCCAACACUGUUGAAGGAAAGUCUUAGAACUUAGAUGUGUUUGGUAAAGCUUGCUGCUGAUUCCCCAAAUCAGUAACCUCUAUGCAAGUGAGGCAGGUAGUAGACAAACAGGUUCCUCUGCUCUGUUUUUGUUUUUUAAUUGAUAGAAUGCAGCAUUUUGUAAUUUUGGCUGCUAGUUAAUGAUGGUGUCUGGGACUGAUGGCUCUAAAUGUAAUUUGGGCUACUUCCGGAUUAGAGACACUUGACUCCUCUAUGGGAUAACUUUGAAAAAAGUUCUUUUUAGAAACAAUUACACUUAAGUAGUUUAUGUACAGCAGCAGGUGGGUCACUGUUUGUUUAUUUCCCUGAAUUUUAUUACCAGGGAGAUAUGUAAAAAUCUAGUUUUUGUUUAAUGACUUAAUUGGCCCAACUUGGGCCAUUCUUCACAUGAAGUCGCUCUUUGUCAUUGCCACUAAUAGAUGGAAUUGUUUCUGUUAGAGUCCAGAAUCUUUCAGAAGAUGUUGGUGACUCUUCAGUAUCUUUGUGCAAAGGGCUGUUUGGUCCUGUACACUAUAUACUGUCCCCAUAAACCAGGAUAGAGCUGUUAAAGAUGGAAUAUAAUCUAAGCAUCAUUCUUCUGGAAUUGUUAAUCUGUAUAUUUUUGUUAGUGCUCUGGUGGAUUUUUUUCCCCCCUCCCUAUCAUGUGCGCUGUUAAGAAGAUUCAGAUCCCAAGCAUCUGAUACGUUUGCUUCAUGAUUUGACUAGGAGAUUAGUUAGUAAUUACUUUGAACCCCUACACUGCAGGUUUGUACAAGUGAUCGGUCUAUUCUAAUGAGUAAUACUGGAAGUGAUAUUCGUGUACACUGACAACAGAAAUACUACUUGGAGUGAUAGUUCAUUGUCAUUGACUUGUGACUGUCUGGUGUUUUUAAAUCUGUUUGGCUGCCACUCGUGGAACAGGGAUGGGGAACUACCUACCCCAAAAAUUUGGGUUUCGUUUGUUUAUGAAGUGUGAAAUACUAAGGGAAAAGAAUAUAGACUCUGCUUUCCACAGACUGUUUCCAUACUUGCCCAGAGCUAAUUCUAAAUCACAAAUUAUAAAACUAACACUAGGAAAAAUCUUUCUGGACAGUUGCCCUUCAGUCCUGCUACAGCUGUCAACACAGAGGGGUUCUGGAGCUCCUGGUCUGCUUUGAAGCCUAAUGAACAGUAAAGAAUCACUGUAUUGGAAGAGUUUUCUUGCACAUUCUCCUUCCCUUCCACUUCCCCCCCUCCCCCCUUUAUUUUUUCUUGCCCUUCAAGUCUGUUUCCAUCUCGGACAUUUGUAAUGACCUAGUUCCCAUGUACCCUCAGUAACCCCAUUAAAGUGCCUGGUAAUGAUUUGUAGCACAUUUGUAUUUGGAUGCUUCCCCUCUAUUUCUCAAUCCCAUCUCUUGACUGGCAUUCUGCUUUUUCAUGGCAGGAGUUGUCUAGCCCUCUCCAAACCAGCUCCCAGGACCCUCUCCGCUUACAUAGCUCUGCUGCGAUCAUUCAGUACAAAUGGGGUUCCUCAUGCAAACUGACUUUUUUUUUUUCCACCCCCUAGCUAAAGCUACAUUAUGCAGAGUAAUGUGUUCCUCUGGGAUGGUCAGGAGUUCAGAACAAUGAUUCUUAAGUUAGCUUUGUUUCAUUUUAGUUAAGCACAUGCACUAUGGAGUUAUGCAGUGGGAUGUGAGUGGUACCUGUCAUUGAUUACUUUGUAGCGGUACUGGAAGCUGCUCCCUAUUUACUGAAAUACCUUCCAUGGCUCUGCAAAACAGAGUCACUUGGGGUGUGUGGUGCCUGGAGAACAGGGGUUUAAAUAGGAAGCAAGCCUGAGGAGUGGGGCAAGCACAGACUGGAUUGAGGGGAGUGAGCCCUCGGAAUCUGGACCUUGGGGAGAGCCCCCUUAGAACUGAAGGUGUAGCAUAGGCAGCAGGUGGAGCCCCCUUUUGGGGAAGUUAGCCCCUGGCUCCAUCCCUUCUGCCUGCAGCUGGAGCCCCAAGACCCUGUUGUCCUCCUCCCUGCCGCAGCCCAGAGCCACAAGACCCCCGCCCAGAGAAGCCCCAAGCAUGCCCCUUGGCCGGAGGAGCCCCGGGAUAGCCGCAGCCAUGCCUCCACUCCCCUCCCCAGACCCAAGCGGCCUGGAGGAAAAGCGUCUCUUCAAAGAUGCUUUUGAUAUGCCCCAUGCAGGUUCUGGGGCAGCUGAUGAGGCAGUAUGUGCUAUUCAGCUUCCUGGGUUCAUCAGUAAUUUCCCUGGAGUCCAGAGAGAUUACUGAUAACCGAGGAAGCUGAAUAGCACAUACUGCCAGAACCUGCAUGGGGUAUAAUAAAACAAAAACUUCGCUGCCAAACCCCACAACUGGGGGUCCGGUUGCUGUGGCAGUGCCAGGGGAGGCCUAUUAUACCCAUCGCUCAUGAGGUGUAGGCUUGUCAAGGAAACUGAGGGAGAGGGGAGUGGAGCUUUAGAGGUUGCAGUGGGGAAGGAAUGAAAUAAAGCUGUUAACCAGUAUGGCGCAGACAUAGGUAAUGCACACUCAUUUCCCAACUGAUUGGCUGAAAUCCUUUCAUCCGUCACAGAGGGGUCAGAUUAAUAACAGUCUUAUGAAGUGUGCAAAAAUUGGGCAAGCCCAUCUGACUUUAGAACACUACUUCAUCACCAUAUCAAGAAAUCAAACUAGCAUCAUCUUUCUUCCUUAAAUUCCAGCCUGGCCAGUUAAACCGAAAAGCAAAUAAGUCUCCCUAGACUGCUCAGCCAACCACGAUAGAAGUGUAAAAUGGAAUAGCAAGUUUGGUAUAGGCACUUAAUGAUGGUCUGCCCUUAUUAGCUUAUUCUAUAAUAACACCCUUCUUAGUGGGGGGAAUAAAUUGCUGAAAUAGUUUUGUAGUCCAUCUAACUGUACAGAAUUGUUUGGCUCACUGAGAGAGGGAGCCUUUCCUGGCCAUGAUGUCCACUGCUAGCAAUGGAUUUAUCAAAACUGUCUCUUCCAAGGUCUUAAAUUAGAAUUCACUUGUUCUUGUAUUUACAGUGAAGGCUGGAUUAUAAACCAGACUUCACUGUAGAUACAGGCCUAGUCCUAGACAAAGUCUGGCUCCUGCAACAUGCGUGCUGCUGCCUUUAACUAGAGGUUUGACAACCACUGAUGUUUUUCUUUAACAUCUCAUAUUUGCAUAUCUUGGAGAAAGGAACCAGGGUUCUAUCAACCCUAAACGUAAGGAUCUUAAUCUACUUCUUUGAUGUCCAGGGGGAUUCUGCUGUUGACUUCAAAGGGAGCAGGAUUUGGUCACUACUUUACCAGCUCAUCAUCUUCAGGAAAUAAUGGAUUGUUAUGUAGAAUUGUCCCCUUCCAUUGCCCAACCAUAUGGUUCUUUUGCCUCCAGAUGAGUAGGGAGGGUAGGGCUACUAUCAGCCUCCCUUAAAUUUCUACAGUAUCGUUUAGCAGCACAUGCACUUCAUCUGCGCAUGGUUUGUCAACCAUUUUGUCUAGGCGAGGCCCACUUCCAGGGCCAGCUCUAGGUUUUUUGCCGCCCCAAGCUCAGGUGGGACUGGGGCUCGCAGGCGGCACUGGAAGCGGAGGGAGUGAUGUCACCGUCUCCCAGCGCCUGCAGGGGCUUUACCCCCUCCCCCCCUCCACCCAGCCGCGCAGAGAAGCCCCGACAGAAGGGGUGGCACAAGGCAGCGCAGCAGCCAGUGCACAGAUGAGGCAGCGCAGCCCUGGGUCCCUGGCAGGACUCGUCCUCUCCUCCCCAGGAAGCAGCUGGGCCCUGGCAGCCCAGCAUCCCGGGGCUGGGGCUUCCUCUUCCCGCUGCGGCCGGGGGCGCGGCGCCCUUGCCCCACCUAAGUGGCGCAGCUCCGAGAGCGCAACUUCCCCGAAAAAAAAGGAUGGCUGGAAAUGUGCCACCCCAAGCACGUGCUUGCUUUGCUGGUGCCUAGAGCUGGUCCUGCCCACUUUGGUAUGUACUUCUGUUGAGAAAAUCCUCCCCUCAAAUUUUUUAUUACAGCCUGAGCACAAUCAGAAAUAUGUGGAUGGGUGAGGGAAGUAUUUUCAAUUAGCAAGGCCUAAAUCUGGUGGGGGGAGGGGCAACUCUUGAAUGAUUUUAAUUGGUGGUUUGCCUGAGUGAAGGGGUGGGAUUUCAGUUUUCAGCUCCUUUUCUAUAUACUCAAACACUAGUGAAGUGUCUCUAACAAUUUAGAGAACAGUUGGCUUUCUCCUAAAGUUACUUCUAGUUUAAUGGGCAACAGUCAAGACAACGUGAGUUUCAGCUGACAGCACCUACAGUGUUUGAAAUCUGUCUCCCUUUCCAGGAUCUCCAAAAUGGCUUCUGACCCUGACAUUCUUGACUUGAGAGAGGAGAGAAUUUAUUUCUGUAUCUUUCCCUCCUGUCUCUUCAAAUAUCUCUCUUGUAACCCAAACCUUACCUGGAUCCAGUGAGCCUGGUGCUAGUGGGUGUUUGUCUGUCUUACUCUGUUUCCUGCAAUUCAUGAAAGCUGAGCCAGUAAUUACUAGGUGACUGCCCAAGGUUAGCUGCAAACUGCCAUAGCUAGGGUAAGAUGGAGGUAGACGAGGGAAUGGACUUCCAACAGAAAGGGCUGACAUUGGAAAUGGAUGUGGGACUGCAGGCUUCUCCCAAGGUGCUGAUCGUCUCUGCUAACAGUGGACUUCUGUGUAACUUACUGCGUGUAUUAACUGCUACUGUUUUGUUGGUUUCUAUGGAUAUUAUAUUCUAUUGCCGUUUUCCCAUCAUACCAAGUCUGCCUGUCUUCUGCUGCCAACUGAAGCUUAGCUUAAUAUUUGUCACACUGUCAGUGUUUUUGGAGCCUGGAAUUCUUGUUGGGAGACUGGCCCUUGAGUGAAAUGUUCUGUUUAGCCUUUCCUUUUUAAGCCUUGCCUAUAUCCACAGCAGGAUGGGGAAGAGGAACCCAAUCCUCUGUGACCAAGGGUCACUUGUGAAGACUUGUUUACUUUCUCUGUCGACUCAGAGUAACUAGCUGCCUUUGCUCCUUCAGGCUUGAACCGGGGUUGAAUAAAAGCCAUCUGAGAUGUGACCAGAUUUAGACACCUUGAGGCCACUUCAUACCCGUGUAAUUCCAUUGCAGUCAGUGAAGUGAUACUUCAGAUGAAUUUGGCUCAUGGCGAGUGGAGGAAGGUUGCCCCUUCCCUUUGGGAAAUUACAGGUUCUGAAUUCUAAUAAAUUAGCUGGAGGUAAAACAAAGGCUCUAGGCAGUUGCUGCAACCUGAAGUCUAAACUCUGCAAAGUCGCUUUUGAUUCACUUUAACCCUUCCUUUGUUGAUCCUUAAUAGCACCUACUAUGCUUUCCAGGGAAGCUGUGGAAGUGGUAAUAUUGGAACAUAUCAGGUACAUUCAAGGGGUGGUUUUACAAACAGCCCUACUUUGGUUAAAGGGAAGGCUCAUAUUAAUUACUAUGGGCAACCUUGACAGGAUAUAAUGCCCUUGAUUCAUCUCUGCAAUGCCCAUUCAGACUAAUGGGAGUUCUGCAUGUGGGUCAAGUGAUACAGAGUAUUAAGAGCUGACAGCAAAGCUAUUCAUAGUCAUUCCAAAGAAUAUUGUUUUUAAAUUGGCAUUUGUGAUCAUUUUAAAAAAAACCAACACCUCCCUGUUGCUUUUGAUUUGUUUCAGAAAGAAAAAAAUACCUCAAGGAAUUGGUGAGAGAUUGUUCAAGAUCUCUUACAAUUCCUAAAAAGCUCUUAUGAUCAUUGUUUCUUUGGUUUGUACACAUUCACACAGGUAGUACACCACUUAGUUCUUACCCAUAAGGAAAAGCAGAAAAAGACCAAACACAUUGAAUGCACUGGAAUGUAAUUGUGUGUAUGCCUGUAUGUGUCUGUGUGUUUACAUAAAAAGGCAGUCUGACAUCCCCCCCCUCCCCCCUUUCUUUCUUCCACACCUCCCACCCGUUUCCCCACAGAUGGGAGGGUCUCUUCCUAUGAAUCCCAUGCUGGAAGUUGGUUUCUGGGAAGUGAAACUUAAAUCUGUAAAGUUUUUUAAAAGCCAUUUUCCAGUUCUGUCUUCAGACGAUUUGCUGCCUUUGGGGAGUGGAGGGAGGGGGUGGGAAGUGUAGAUCUUUAAACUGUUUUAAAUUUUAUUAUGAAGAUUUUGCAUGUACAAAGUUAUCUUUAAAAAUCAAGUGGAGUCUCCCUGAUUUGUGGAUUCAUCCCCAGGAGAGCAUCGCCACAGACUCUUCAGCUCCAGGGAGAGCUGCACCCCUCAGAAGACCACUCCAGUUUGGUUGAACUACUCUGAGGAAAGGUUGAGGGUAGAAAGGGGAUGUAACACUUCUCCCUUCUCACUGAUGUGUUGUAGUCACAUGAUGUAAGAAGACAAACAUGGCUAUGAUCUUACUAAAUGGGUGCUUAAAGUUAGGCUCCUAGUGGGGGAUUUUCAAAAGCACCUAAGAGAGUUUGGUGCUUUUGAAAAUCCUGACACUAAAUAUGGACUUUUGGUGCCCAAAGUUAGACUACUUAAAAAAAACAAACAACCCCCCUCUUCCCAACUUGGGAAUGUAUCUCUUUUCCAAAUCCUCUUCCUUUCCUUCUGUGGUAUCAGAAAUGUAUUCAAAUCUCCUCUGCAUUUCUGUUUAAAGAUCCGUAGAUGAGCAUAUUUUGACAUGCAGCUUCAUUUCCCCCUGGACUUUUCUACUCUUGUUGGAGAUGUUUCAUUUUUAAACUUUGGAGUAAUUAAUUGCCUCCAGUGGCUGCCUUGGAGAAUCAAAAAGAUGAGGGGGAGAGAGGUUCUCAAUGUAUUGUUUAAAAUGCUCUUAACCUUUCAUAGCGUGUCCCUGCUGAAUGAAUCUUAUGUUCUCCCAGCUGAAGAAGUACAGCCGAUGCUCUCCUGUGAAAUCUUUGUCUAGACUAGUCCUGAAGUGCACACGCCCUCUCUGCCAUGGACUGAGACCCAGUGAGAAUGUAGCAUUUUGUUUAUCUUGGCUGUGUGCCUCCAGGACUCCUGCCUGUAGUGAUGGUGACUGGGAGGAGCUCCUUUUUUGUAUCUGUGCAGUAUAUUUGCUCUGUACUUUCUCUCUGGUGCUUUUUAAUACUUGGAAUUUUUUUCUAAUAACUGGUACAAUUUUUAAUAAAAUUGUUAAAUGCUA